UAACUGCCCCCCCAUCUUCUUCCCACCCACAAUCUUGUGCCCCCCUCCUGUGCUUUACUGGACUAGCAUAACCCCUUCCUGUCCCAUAGAAGCUUCCAUGCAUCCUUCAUGCCCCAGCCCCAUAAACCCACUUGCCCCAUAUGUCCUGUGAGCCCCCUGCCCAUGUUCAUGUCCUCCACUCCUCACUUCAACUCGGCUGUCUUGUGUGACACCUUUUCCCUACCAGCCCAGAGGAAGAGCUUUCUGCAGAGACUUCCCCUAGCUCCAGUAUAACCCACCUACCUGCAACUUUGCAGACCUUCUGGUCCCACUCUGUAUGUCCCCCUCAGCUUCCCUGCUGGCCCAUCAUGAGCCCCUCCAUCAACACCAUCUCUGUCCCCUCAGUGCUGUCUCUCCCUCCGAGCUCCACACAGCCUCCCAUAAACCAUCCAUCCUGACUGUCCCCUUUCCCUUGAUUCCCCUACGGCUGGAGUGAGGACAGUGGGUACUGUUGCUCUGGUCCUGCCCUUUCUUUGAAAAGACAGCCCCUACCCCAGCUGUUCCAGUGGGGAGCAGAAAAGCUCUCACACAACUUUUAAAUGGGAGAUUUUAAGGUUAUUUACCAGAGGUUGUGCCAAACUUGAAAAAAAUCAUGAAAUGUAAUUUCCUUUGAAGACUGUAUUGAGGUGAUGCCUGCGUACAAGAGAGGAUGCCAGCCCCCAUCAGACUGCGGGAGCUGAUCCGGACCAUCCGGACAGCACGAACCCAAGCAGAAGAGCGAGAAAUGAUUCAGAAAGAAUGUGCUGCCAUCCGGUCAUCCUUCAGAGAAGAGGAUAAUACAUACCGCUGCCGGAAUGUGGCAAAACUACUGUACAUGCACAUGUUGGGUUAUCCUGCGCAUUUUGGACAGUUGGAGUGCCUCAAACUUAUUGCCUCUCAGAAAUUCACAGACAAGCGCAUUGGGUACUUAGGUGCCAUGCUGCUACUGGAUGAGAGACAGGAUGUCCACCUUCUCAUGACCAACUGCAUCAAGAAUGACCUUAAUCACAGCACACAGUAUGUGCAGGGGCUGGCACUCUGCACCCUCGGCUGCAUGGGCUCCUCUGAGAUGUGCAGAGACCUGGCAGGAGAAGUGGAGAAACUCCUCAAAACAUCCAACUCUUACCUAAGGAAAAAGGCAGCACUGUGUGCUGUGCAUGUCAUUAGGAAGGUGCCUGAACUCAUGGAGAUGUUCCUGCCAGCCACCAAAAACCUACUGAAUGAGAAGAACCAUGGUGUUCUUCACACAUCCGUUGUCCUCCUCACAGAGAUGUGUGAGAGAAGCCCAGACAUGUUAUCACACUUCAGAAAGAAUGAAAAGCUUGUACCCCAGUUAGUUCGUAUUCUAAAGAACCUUAUCAUGUCUGGAUAUUCACCAGAGCAUGACGUGUCUGGGAUCAGUGACCCCUUUCUGCAGGUGCGAAUCCUGCGGUUACUAAGAAUUCUGGGGCGAAAUGAUGAUGACUCAAGUGAAGCAAUGAAUGACAUACUUGCUCAGGUUGCCACUAACACAGAAACAAGUAAAAACGUGGGUAACGCCAUCCUCUAUGAAACUGUAUUGACUAUUAUGGACAUCAAGUCUGAGAGUGGACUGCGAGUGUUAGCCAUUAACAUCCUAGGCCGUUUCUUGUUAAAUAACGACAAAAAUAUUAGAUAUGUAGCUUUGACAUCUUUGUUGAAGACUGUGCAGACAGACCACAAUGCAGUACAGCGGCACAGAAGCACCAUUGUGGAUUGCCUAAAAGAUCUGGAUGUCUCCAUUAAACGGCGUGCAAUGGAGCUGAGCUUUGCAUUAGUUAAUGGCAACAACAUCCGUGGAAUGAUGAAGGAACUGCUGUAUUUCCUGGAUUCCUGUGAGCCAGAGUUCAAGGCAGAUUGUGCCUCUGGAAUAUUUCUUGCAGCAGAGAAAUAUGCCCCUUCCAAACGCUGGCACAUAGACACAAUUAUGCGAGUCCUAACAACGGCAGGAAGUUAUGUUCGAGAUGAUGCUGUCCCCAACCUGAUCCAGCUGAUAACAAAUAGCAUGGAGAUGCAUGCCUAUACUGUACAGAAACUCUACAAAGCCAUCCUUGGUGACUACUCCCAGCAGCCCCUAGUGCAGGUGGCCUCUUGGUGUAUGGGAGAAUAUGGAGACCUCUUGAUAUCUGGUCAGUGUGAAGAGGAGGAGCCAGUUCAGGUAACGGAAGAGGAAGUACUCGAUAUUUUAGAAAGUGUCCUGAUAUCAAACAUGUCUGCAUCCGUUACACGAGGUUAUGCUCUCACCGCCAUCAUGAAGCUUUCCACAAGGUUCACCUGCACUGUCAACCGCAUUAAGAAGGUUGUGUCCAUCUAUGGCAGCAGCAUUGAUGUGGAGCUCCAGCAGAGGGCGGUGGAGUACAAUGCACUUUUCAAGAAGUAUGAUCACAUGAGGUCAGCCCUACUUGAGCGAAUGCCAGUUAUGGAAAAGGUGACCACAAAUGGCCCCACUGAGAUUGUACAGACCAAUGGAGAGACAGAGCCAGCAGUGCUGGAAACCAAACCUCCCCCCUCUGGGCUGCAGCCCACCAGCCAGGCAAAUGACUUGUUGGACUUAUUGGGAGGAAAUGAUAUAACCCCAGUCAUUCCAACUGCCCCUACAAGCAAGCCAGCCUCUGCCGGUGGGGAGCUCCUUGACCUCCUGGGAGAUCUCAACCUAACAGCUUCUCCAGCCUCGGUCCCUGCCCCACAGAUAUCGCAGCCUUCGUUCCUGUUGGAUGGGCUCUCAUCACAGCCUCUCUUCAAUGAUAUUGCUGCUGGCAUCCCCUCCAUCACAGCAUACAGCAAGAAUGGGCUGAAGAUAGAGUUCACCUUUGAGAGAUCGAACACCAACCCCAGCAUCACCGUGAUCACGAUACAAGCCUCCAACAGCACAGAGCUGGACAUGACAGACUUUGUUUUCCAGGCUGCGGUACCAAAGACAUUCCAGCUGCAGCUUCUGUCUCCCAGCAGCAGCAUCAUCCCAGCAUUUAACACGGGGACCAUCACACAGGUCAUCAAAGUUCUGAACCCACAGAAGCAACAGCUACGUAUGCGGAUCAAGUUGACCUAUAAUCACAAGGGCUCAGCAAUGCAGGAUCUAGCAGAAGUUAACAACUUCCCCCCUCAGUCCUGGCAGUGAGGCUCUGGCACCAUUCUUACUCACCCCACCCAAUCAAAGGAACUCUGGGAAGAAGGUUGAUCCCUGGCAAUCCCCCAAACUGCACCAUGGACCUGGGGAACGAUGAGACCUGCUGAUGAGGAGGAAUCUUCCUGAAGUGAUUGCUGAUUUUGAAGCAUAUCUGUUAAGACUAACUUCCUCCGCUCCACUGAUGAGGCUUGCUGCUUGUGGAGGCUGCUCUGCACUCCCCCAUGCAUUCAGAGUCGGAAGCAACAUUCUCCUUCCCCCCAAGAAACAUGCAGUUCGUUUGGAAGAGAGGACUGGAAUUGCUUGCAAGGAAACACAUUUUUCUCUCCUCCCCGCUCCUGCCUCCGUGCAGCAAGUGAGCAGCUGUCCCUUCUUUCUGCUGCCUUCUUUCCGUGGGGUGGAUAAGGUGGGUUUUGAGUCAUUACUAGCAGGCACUUUCAUCUGGGGUUUGGGGGAGAAGCUUAUCCAGAGACCAUUAGGGAGCCCUGCCUUUUUCUUUCGGUUUCCUCAAUGUGUGAAGAGGCUGUGAGCUCCUAGUGGCCUGUUCUGUGCAUUGCUGUAUGCACACAGACACCUU